CAAUGUAAUCUCGCUGGGCACCAGCAGUGAAACUCUUCUGUUCAAAAUGGUUUAUGGUGAAUUUUUCCACAGACCUGGCAAAGAUGCAGAACUUAUCAAUUUGAAUGUGGGUGGCUUUAAGCAAUCAGUGGAUCAAAGCACCUUGCUCCGAUUUCCCCAUACCAGACUUGGGAAACUUCUCAAAUGCCAUUCAGAAGAGGCUAUUCUGGAACUGUGUGAUGAUUAUAGCGUUGCAGACAAGGAAUAUUACUUUGACAGGAAUCCUUCCUUGUUCCGAUAUGUUCUGAAUUUUUACUAUACGGGCAAACUUCACGUCAUGGAAGAACUUUGUGUCUUUUCCUUCUGCCAGGAAAUAGAGUACUGGGGGAUAUCCUGCUGCAGCAAUCGGUACCAAGAAAGGAAAGAAGAAGGUCCUGAGAAAGACUGGGAUCAGAAGAGCAAUGACAGAAGUAUAGAUUCCUCUAAUGAAGAGUCAUCCAUAUUUGAUAAAGAGCUGGAAAAGUUUGACAAUCUGUGUUUUGGUGAAAUAAGAAAGAAGAUCUGGGUCAGAAUGGAAAAUCCUGCAUACUGCUUGUCUGCCAAGUUAAUUGCCGUGUCAUCCCUGAGUGUUGUCUUGGCGUCAAUUGUGGCCAUGUGCAUUCACAGCAUGCCAGAGUUUCAAAGGCUGGACGCCAAUGACAGGGAGAUUGAAGACCCUGUGUUGGAAGCCGUGGAGAUUACGUGCAUCAUCUGGUUCACUGCUGAGCUAGUGAUCAGGCUCAUCACUGCUCCGAGUCAAAAGAAGUUCUGGAAGAAACCACUGAAUAUCAUUGAUUUUGUCUCUAUUAUCCCAUUUUAUGCCACCUUGGCUGUGGAUACAAAGGAAGAAGAAAGUGAAGAUAUUGAAAACAUGGGGAAAGUAGUUCAGAUCCUGCGGUUAAUGAGGAUAUUUCGCAUCCUUAAACUGGCCAGGCACUCCGUAGGACUGCGGUCUUUAGGCGCCACUUUGAGACACAGCUAUCAGGAAGUUGGACUUCUGCUUUUGUUUUUGUCUGUUGGGAUUUCUAUUUUUUCAGUGCUUGUCUACUCAGUGGAGAAAGACGAUGACUCAUCAGAACUGCACAGCAUCCCUGUUUGCUGGUGGUGGGCAACCAUCAGCAUGACCACUGUUGGUUAUGGGGACACUUACCCGGUCACACUUGCUGGAAAGCUGCUCGGCACCCUAUGCAUUAUCUGUGGGAUACUAGUGGUAGCACUUCCAAUCACCAUUAUUUUCAAUAAGUUUUCUAAGUACUAUCAAAAACAAAAAGAUAUUGAUCCAGACCAAUGCAACAAUGAUAGCAAAGAGAAAUGUAAUGACCUACCUUAUUUUAACAUUAGAGAUAUUUAUGCAAAAAAGAUGCACUCCUUCAUUUCUAGCCUUUCUUCAGUAGGAAUUGUAGUCAGUGACCAAGAUUCAACAGAUGCCUCCAGCAUCCAAGAUAUGGAGGAUGUUUAUAACGCAACAUCUUUGGAAAAUGGUACAGGAAAAUGA